AUGGCUCUAAUCUCGAUCGCCCUCAAAGUUGCCCUUGGCCUCCUCAUGGUUAUAUCUAUCAUCGAACUGGGAUUUGUAAGCAGCACAGUCGGAUGGUUGCAUCAAACCGCCAGCAAGGGCUUUCUUUUUAGAUAUGGUGGAUCGACACACCAACUCGGCGGCACGCCAUCGGAUUUCUUGGUUAACCAAGGCCAUACUAGCAACGGAGCUACGGGAACAGCGUUCGUGUUGAUUGGAAUUGGGGGCGUGAUCACCUUGUGGGUUCGGGGCAACACAAAUUAUCGAACCAAGAGCUUCAGCAUCUAUGUCUAUUAUCUUUGGCUUGCGUUUCAAAUACCGGCACUGCUCCUGACCACUAGCGCUCUCGGCUAUGUCUUUUACGUUACAAAUGCUCGAGAAGGGCAGACAAUAGACGUGCCACUGGCCGUGAACUUACAUGGUAGCCCAUAUCCGGUGGGUUCAUGGACCCCGCAGAACUGGUUCGCGGCGGUACUUCGUCUUGACUUGGUCGACGGACGCAACGACAUUUUGACCCAGCUCUAUAUCAUGGGAGGCUGGCAGUACAACUUGAUCCCAUUCUUUUUGACCCAACUGUUGGAGACGGCGUUGGCAUUUCUGGAUUUCUCGAAAUGGAGGAGGGCCGGAGGAAAGAUGUCAGGACAUAGCCAGGUUUAA